CUGCUGCUGCUGCUGCUGCUGUUGCUGCUGCUGAUGAUGAUGAUGAUUGUGACUGUGUGUCUUCACUGGUGGGUGGUGUGUUGCCAAAGUCACCAACUUUAUAUUAAGCCAGUAGGCACCAUCAAACAUUCAUCAUUGUCACCAUGGAAACUUAGACGUACAGUGUGACUGCUGGGGGAAAAUUAGGACUUCAUGUUUCCAUGAACCUCAUUUACAAACAUAGUCACCUUCAGUCUAUACUCCUUAGACCAAAACACAAUAGCUCCGAUAAAAACGUAGGAGUGCGGUGACAUAUGUCAAAUGAUGGAAGCCUUGACUAUAAAUGGUAGCUUUGACUCACAAUGUGAUGGCUUACUGUUAUAAAUCACAUGAAAACGUUUAUCUGUAAAUUCUCGGGAUCAUGUUUCUGAUCUAGCUCUUCUGGAUCUGUUCUGGUUUGUGAAUUAAUAUCCUGUUGUAGUAGCAUCAGCUGUCUGUAGGUUCAGGUUCAGGUUCAUUUCUGGGCUUCAUGUUUUCAAAUGAGAUUGUAAAACAUCUCCUGUGUGUAGUUAACAUUUUAUGACUUGCACGGAUACUGCUUCAGGCCUGAAGGUGGCGUCUCAUCUCAGUGCUGUGACUGGGAAAGUUGUCAUCAUCAUCAUCAUUUUCAUCUUCGUACUGGUUCUUCCUGUGAGACUGCGAGAGAACUGGGUGUCAGUCAUUGUCAGACAGACAGGGGGCAACGUUCUUCCAGACCUGACUAUUUUCUGGUUUCUAUUUUUAAGCUGUGUUUCAGUCACUCACCAUCUGGCUCUCUGCUCUGUGCUUCUGUAACUUCUGUCAUUUCCAUGAAACAGCUCGCCCUCUCAAACUCCUUCACUCUCACUUCUCUCUUCUUCUGGCUCAUGUUACUGCCCUCUUUUUAUAGACAAUAACCAGAGAGAGGGCUCCUUUGUGUCAUGACAUGUGCUGCGCCCAGAAAAUCCUGGAGUCUUGAAGGGAAAAGGGUUCAUGGAGAGCUUUUCAUUUCGCUCUUUUAACAAGUAACAACAUGCAAAUAGUGUAGGAGGAGACACAUGACUUUUGUAUUGAGGUGCUGUUCAUCAUUGUGAUUUAUUGUCUGUUUUCCUCUAAAUGGGAUCAUAUUAACGAUGGAGCCAACAACAAUGUAUUUUGGCUUCACAUGGACAGUAGAAUAUUUGUGUUCCAGAACAGGGCCAUAGCUUCUGACACUUUCCUUUGACCCACAUAUGGUGUUGUUUGAUGGUUAGCUGCCGUCUGACAGGUCGGGAACAUGUCAGCCGAAAUGAGUCCAAAAACAGAACUGACCCAGAUAUGGUCCAUUUGAGCUGACAUCGAGAAUACAGAUGGCUUUUAAUUGGUGCUUGACAAUUCUCUGGCUGAAAGUUCACCUUCAACAUAUUCACUGUUAUUCUGUGGGUGACACACACACACAGACACGUCAUAGUGUCUGAUAUCAGAGCGGUCACUGCUGUAGUGUUAGCAGAAGUUGUGAUAGCAACAGUCACCUUGGUGUUUACUGCACACACUGCUCUUGCCAUCUAAAGGCUCCCACUCGCUGUAGGUCUCUGUGUCUCCCACCUGGUCGUCAGGUGACUGCGGGCUUGAAUUGAGUUUCAGUUGUUAUACUUUGAUAUGUCAUAAAUUGAAGUUAAUAUAUAUAAAAAAAUAAGUAUGAGAUAAAACGUGGACAUUUUUGUGAUACUUAAUUGCAAUGUCAUUCCAAUGUUAGCAGGUAGAUGUCAGUGUUUCUCAUAUUUUUUUAUGCGUGACUAAUCCAAAUGAUGGAAUUAUUACUAAGGAAACAUGUCAAGAAAAAUCUACAAAUGUUUAAAAUAAGUGAAAAUGUAUCUUCAUAGAGUCGGUGGGUUUUAGUCAUUACAGUUCAUCUUCACACACCUGGAAAUGAAAACUUUUUCCAUGUGUGCACAUGAAAAUGUGUGUGGACUGUGUAUAAAAGCAGUGAUUGGCGGAUUUUUUUUUUCCUAUGCUAAAUAAUGUAUCACUGUAACUGUACAACCUCUUGUUGACCAGUUUCAUUUUUAGAACAUAGCCUGCGGGCACCUUAGGUAGUCAAUGGGGCUACUAGUUGGUGACCCCUGCUUUAAAAGAUCUUCCAAGCUAGCAUUUAGCAUAUCCAAUAUCUACAGUCUAUAAUAUUUAUUCUCUGUGGCUUAUUUUUGCUCAAAUUGUGUAAAAAUAUGUCGUAUAUUUUCUGGUGUUUGUUUGGUUACCUGUUGGAUCUUUUUAGUUAAGUUAAUAAAAAUGAGUUUUUUUGUUAAGGAUAACUAAUGAACUAAUAACAUCCUAACAGCCUCACUAUUUAAUGGCCUCAGCGGUGACCUCUCGUUACUGCAUGUCCAUGUUUGGACGUUCAUCUGCAGCCAACACCCACUACUGCAUUCAGAGACGUCCAUGCAGGAGAGAAGACAGAGGGCUUUAAUUUUAUAUAGUGAUGAAGUGGGAGAUUCAGAUUAUUGUUAGUGCUUGCUCUCAGCUCACCCACAGGUGCAGCAGCAGCAGCAGCAGCAGCCAGGUUAUUGCUUCUCACAGCUUAUUGCUUUUGCUGGUAUUGUUUGUCUGAUGGGCGUUGAUGACAGAACUGAAGGGAAUAGUGUUAGAUGGAGGUUUGGUUGUGAUGAGACUGUGGACUGUGGAUCAGACUGCUGUCAUGGUCACGUGGAUCAGUGGUCAGUGCUCAACGACAUAUGGAUUAUUACUGAACAGGGUUUUCAGAUGGAUGGUGUUGUGAUCAUAUGUGAACUUAUAUAUAUUUGUUCUCUGAUUCUAAGGAAUGUUGUGUAAAUGGCCAACAUCCCUCUCUCGAGGCACCGUUGCUGCUCGGCCCUAAAUCUUCUCCUCUCUCUCACCCUCUUUUUCAAGCUCCUUUCACUUCCUGUCCUUUCAGCAUGUGUCAUACAUCCAUCACCUCCGCUCUCGUUCUCGUCGCUCGAUUCACCACUUCACCUGCAGCAGAACUUCUGUUCCGCUCCGCUGACAUCAAUGCACACGUCUUCCCACAGAUGCAGGGAAAAUGUACCCACAGCUCCCACACUGGUCUUGAGCCAAGAGCAGUGACCUGUAGACCUGGAGUGGGACUUGAGUCUUUGUGCUACAUCAGCCGAACAGUUCCCAGGCUACAGCCACAGUCACUUCUUGCUCAGAAUGAGUUUGGUGCACACUGCCCCCAGUGGCCGAUGGUGAGGUGAAUCUGUGACAAACAGCUCCUGCACCCACACGGCUGCUGCUACUACUGCUGCUGCUGCUGUCUUCCGUCUUCCACAUGAAAACCGAACCAUAAGGAGCGACGGAGGAGUGGAGACAAAAAUGGAGCCGGGGCAGGAGGAGCAGGAGCCACAGUAUUUCACAGACGUCAUCACUCAGUCAGUCAACAGAAGACCGUGGCUUCCAGAUGAAACAACUACACCGAGAUGAUGACCAUGUGGUCAGAUGGAGCCAAUCCCAGCAGUCCAUCUUCACUUCAGAGGACAACCUUGGAUGACAGGAGAAGCACUGGUCCAUCUGGAGAAAAACUCAACACGCAUGCACGGACCAGCUGUCCACUGAUGGUCUGAUGGCAAAGAUGCUCACUGUACCCAGGAGGACUGAGGACCGUCAGGCUCUUCAUUCUGAUGGAUGUAUGGACUCUGAGUUGAUCAGUGAGAAAUGGAGUGAGGAGCUGAUGAGCGAGGGAUGCUGAAGAAGCGCUCUCUCAUAAUUCUGCAUCACAGAAGAGGAGCUGAUGAGGAGGAGGAGAAGAAGGACAAGAGGAGACACACAAACGUCAGUUAAGCAUGUCAGGCCACAAGUGAUGACGUUCACCGUCAUCGACUGUCUAUGCUGCUGCCUUAUAUGAAGAGGAAAUUAAUAACAUGCCACUCCAGCCUUCAUUGUGCAUCAGACAGUGUGCCAGUGUGUGGAGAGAAAGCAGCAGGAUUUGGCCUGAGCGGAAGUGAUGACGCCAAGGGACAGAAAAGAUGAGAUAAAGCCAGGAGAAAAAAAAUAAUUAAAAGGAAACACUAGAAAAUACUGUAAGACAAAAAAGAGGAGAAAUGAGUAGGUGAAGAAAAAAAACCAAACAAACAGAGAUGAGGAACAACUGUGUUGUUGUUGGUGACGUUCUGACAUCUGUAAAAAUCUGCCGCUGCUCUGUCAGCAGUGGAGGAGUUCAACAGGCGGACCAUGUUGGAAAGUUAAACGUGUGUUUGUUUUACUGUUCAUUACUGUUUGUGUUACUGGUGAACAGAUUAGUCUUUGAGAUCCUGGGCUGGAUAUGAUCACGUUAAGGUUUUCUUCAUGACAGCACGUUAUGUGACCUUUAAGAGGAGUAGUACAGGUCCUUGAUGUCUAAAUUAAAUGGAAUGGACUGGUUUGUCGUCUUUACCUUUAAAUGGUAAUGAGUCACUGCAUGUUCUGCCCACCUCUUCUCCGGGGGGAGGACCUGAGGAUGGCUUUAGGUAACCAUGGCAACGACACACAGUAAGAGAGACUAGGCUGCUGGACAACAAAUUGUUGGUGGGGGGUGGGGGGUCUGCCCCAUGGUUGGGGAUGGGGUUUGGAUUCUGGGUUCUGCCGGCCUGGGUCUGUUGACCUGGGCUGACUACUGCUCACCCGUGUGCUGGUUCUUCGGCCUCAUUGCUGGUGGGGGUGGUAUGUCUCAGGAAAGGGAGCAGACACAGAAAAAGGAACUUUACAAAUUUAAUGUGUAAAUGUUGGUUGAAUCAAGCAGAAGGAACUCAGGCAGUGCAGCUGAAGCAGGGGUCCAGGUGGGAUUCCUGCAGUGGAGGCAGAUGGUGACCACAUCAGUAAGCGGACAAUCUGGAGCAGUGGCAACAACGAUCGGGUGGAGAUGGUGGAGAGCGAGCCUGAUGAGCUGGGAUCGCCGGCAGGUGUGUGUUAUCAUCAGCAUUGACAUAGCGAUGGUGAGGACACAGGCGACCAGGUACACACACAUCCACCACACCCAAAUGCACUGACGGUAAAAAAAUCACACCAGGCAACCAGACUAUAUACAAUGUUCAAAAUAAUAUAAAAAAAAAGUCCAAAUAAAAUACACCCCCCCCCCUCCCCCGCUGCCUGAGAUUCAGUAUAGUGUUGUUACUAUCCCCCCUUUAAAUUGGUAUUUUACUAUCCACCAUCAGUGAUGGGGUUACCCACUCCCACUCCCAAUUAAUAACCAGAUGUCAGAUGGAGCUCACCAGUGCCAUCAUAACAUAAUCAACUUUAAAUAACAAUAAGUCCCUAUUUGUAUAUAUAUUUCCAAAAUUCAUCAUCAUGCUGGCCGAGUUUGCACACUCUAGCGGGCUGGUUUUGGCCCCGGGACAGAUGUUUAUCACCACCUGUGUUUGUCAGCCUGAAAAUGGCUGUGUCAUGGACUGGACUGGAAAACAUACAGUGAUUGAAAAGUAUUGAUGGAGUUCAUCUGAGAGACUAGUGAACCGUUUUUAAUGUUUCAAAGUUUCAAAUUACCAACACGUGACUCACAGAGCUAAAGCAUCAACAUCCCAAAUCUUACAAUCCAACGAGAUGUCCAUUAAUAUGUCGCCCUGUUUAACAAAGCUUCUUUGGAACAAAAAAAUCAAUGUGUCUGCAGAUGUAACUGCUGUGAAAUCGAUGUGAAACGUGUAAAAGGAGGAAACGGUUCAAUCACAGGGAGGUGUCUGUUGUGUGGUAUCUAUUUAUUCUAACCAACAUAAACUCUUUGCCAAUAUGACAGUGUUGACGUCAGGCCCGUCUACGUUCAAGUCUGAAGUCUUAUCAUGUCAGCUGAUGGAAAGAAGAAACCUCAGCUUUGUUUUUUGACCACCACUAGGACGCUGACGCACGUCUCUGCUGGGAACAAACCAGUUACGAAUGAAUCUGAGCAGGGAGUAGACAUGUGGACAGAUAACAGCAGAAAUCAGUCAGCGGGCAGAGACUGGAGGAGAAGCAGGCUGCAGAGACGGGCAGAGAUAAAGACAACAGACAGUAUAGAAAAAAAAAGACAAGGAGAAAAUGGUCUCCAUUACAAUCAUCCAUGUCUUCACUCCUAGUGGACUCCUAGAAUCACCUAGAAUGAAAUGAGUGUCCAAAUUUGGUAGAAGUCAAAUGGACAGACUCAUUCCAACCAGUUUACCUACACGUUACUGCACACAGCUGUGAUGCCAAGCUCUAAACCUCACGGUGGAGCAGUGAAGUUGACUGGUCUGUACAACACCUGGUUCAUCAAGGUGAAGACAGACGGAAAUAUAAAGACUGAAAAGCCAUGGUUUUGAGAAGCUCUCCAUUCAUGGGCGACCCUGGAGAAGACCUCAGGGUGAGAGUCCACUGCAGUGGUUCUGCUGUCUUCUUCGAUAAAGACGUCUGCAGGUUACAGAGGCCGCAGUUUGUUUGCGUCUGCGUGAGGACUUUCACAAACACGACCUAGCCAUCGUCACGCUUUUUAAUGAGUCCGUUGCCUACGCAGAACUACUGAGUGGGACAACAAUGAUUGACUGACAAUCCGCUACGGAGUUUGGACAAAGCCGUGGCUCACUGCAGCACACAGACACACAUGUACUGAGAUAGCUGACACACUCACACAGCUGGCACUGUGGGGGUGUGUGUGUGUAAAGGGGAAGCCUGGUCCCGCAUGGUCAGUGGGCAACAGAGUUAGUAAGCAACCACCAAGACCCAAUAAGGACAGAGCAGAAGGUGUGAGUAAAUGACAACAGAGCCCCCCCGCCCCCAAAAUGUAGUCACGUCUUGUUCAUGAAGUGAUAUCAUUAGAGACAGUGUGUACUCUAGUGUGUACUCUCCGUAUACAUGUAUGUGGUCAUUCAGUGAUCGGGUCCACUGACCACUCCUACACAUUUUGUCCAGCUCAGUCCUUGUGUUUGGACCAACUUGUACCAAGGACUGCAUUUAUUUACAGAUUAGAAACGUUUUUUUUUGUUCUUAGUUUUUGGUGAUUUUUACGACACCUUUUGCUGUUUAACAAUUGGAGAUUGAUUUGACCUUUAAAAGAACAAUAAACAACCAUUUCUUAAAAACCAGGGCUGAGUCGUACAUCGAAAAAAGAAAUUCCAAAGUGGGGCAAUUUGUAGAGCAACACUCAUCGAUUUUUUUUAUUUUUUUUUUAUCUUUGUGCCUGUGCAAAAACAAGUUUGUUGCACAUCUUUAAAGUAUAUUAAAGCAACUCCCGAUGAAAUAAUUCUGAUAUUAGAACAAAGGUUUCAUUAUGAACUCAAGCCCAGUGUGAUGAGUCUCUGCAGAUCAAAGAUCGUACACCUGAACAGCCUCCUCAGUCACAGGCUGUGGCUGUAGUGUCAGGCGACAGAAACUCACCACCAACUGUUCCUCUGACCUGCCUUUGUUGUGUGUUUUUUACUGUAUAUAUUUAAAGUGUAAGAGUGUCUCGGUCACAUAUGGAGCAAUAAUUAUUUUUCUCUGUUUCUAUUGUCACAGCUGAAACUAAAACUGCCUGUGAUCAAACACCAGCAGUGACAGCUUGAGGCUCAGACGCAGCCAAACAGACUCAAAGUGGUGAACACUCGGAGGCAUCUGCUGAGCUUUCUGCUGCAACAGGAGCUGCAAGAAGGGUCGGGGAUGAAAGAGAGGUUUUUAAACAGUCAGUGGCUAAACUUACGGUACAAUUAGGCAUUAGACAGCCCAGUCUGUUACUCAAACCAGGCUGUUUUGUUUAUUGUUUUCUUCUCUGGCUCAAACCCUGUCCCCUGUGGCUGAAUCACAAACCGGGGGCAUCCUCUUCAUCAAACACAUAACCAUCCUAGGGUGGUUUUUCUUCAUGUAUCUCUAUGUCUGGCUGCAGCGCGCGCCGGAAACAGACCAUAACGGUCCGGAGAGGAGCUGUACACUGCGCGCUUCUCCUACCCGUCCUCCAACUCCUCCACAGAACCCAGUCAUCAUUACUGGGCAACGUGCCUUGACUCGCCCGCCACCCCACCCCACCCCACCCCACCCCAUCCUUCUCAUCCUCAUCUUUCCUUUUGGUUCGAUGUGCGUCGAGAGAUAGUCUCCUCCUCUCAACAAGUCUGAGCGCACGUCUAUCCAACCAGAUUUUACGCGUGCGCAAGCCCUCCAAGAGAAUCCCCUGUGGUCGCACCCCUCCUCUUUCCGUUCUUCUCCGCCUUCACUCAUUCAUGACCCAAGAUCGGUGACGUAGGAGAUUCCAUAGCGCCCACUGCCGUAGGCAAACGCAGGAUGGUGUGGUAUAAAAGGCGCACCGGUGACCAGUAACCGGCACACUCUAAGUCGCUCCGACUUGAGAACCAGGGCAUCAGCGGAGAUAGCAGGCUAAGGCUUUACUUCGCCCCGUUUAGCUAACUCGCUUUGGGCUUUGGUUCAGAAUGGAAACCCUUUCGAAUUCUCGGAGCCGACGAUGCUCCGUGGCGCGCUGCUGCAAAAGCGGUCUCUCCCUCUGGUUGGUGGUGUGGCUGGUCUUGGCCAAGCCCAGCUCGGUCUCGGGGUGCCCGCACCUGUGCGUGUGCUACCCGACACCCAUGACUGUGAGCUGCCAGGCGCAGAACUUCACCGCCGUCCCUGUGGGAGUGCCCUAUGAGUCGCAGCGCGUUUUCCUCCAAAACAACAGGAUCACGGAGCUCAGAGUUGGCUCUUUUGGCUUCGGGACUCAGGUUCUGUGGCUGUUCUCCAACAACAUCACAUGGAUUGAGGCAGGGGCCUUCAGUGAGCUGAGGGACUUGGAGGAGUUGGAUCUGGGGGACAACCCUAACCUCCACAGGCUGGAGGGGGGAGCCUUCCGUGGACUUGAGAAGCUCCAGAGCCUCCACAUGCACCGCUGCCGGCUCACUGCUCUGCCCCAUGACAUUUUUCACAAGCUGUACAGCCUGCAGUUUCUCUAUCUACAGGAAAAUAAUCUUCACUUCCUGCAAGAUGACAUCUUUUCUGACCUCAUCAACCUGAGCCAGCUUUUCUUGCAUGGCAAUCGUAUCCGCACCCUAUCAGAUAACGUGUUCCGUGGCUUGGUCAACCUUGACCGCCUCCUACUCCACGACAACCGCAUCAAGCAGGUGAAUCGUCGCGCUUUCCGCGACCUUGGCCGCCUGACCAUGCUGUUUCUCUUCAACAACACCUUGGCAGAGCUGCCCAGUCAGACCCUGAGGGACACCCAAGGUAUUGAGUUCCUCCGCCUCAACGCCAACCCUUGGUCCUGUGGCUGUGAGGCCCGUGCCCUGUGGGAGUGGUUCCGUGAGGCCCGUGUCUCCUCUUCUGAAGUCAUCUGCGCCUCGCCUGCCUCUCGUCGUGGCCAGGACCUCCGCUUUCUGAGAGAGAUGGACUUUGCUCUCUGCCCCUUGCCCGAUCCCGGCUCCAUUGCUGGCUCCACAACCACCACCUUCAGCACCAAGACUCGCUGGUGGUUUCACAAAAACAGGCCCCAGUCGUCCACCAAAGGUCUCUUCGAGAAGACGUCAGAAACCGUCAAGGCUGGUUUGUAUGGAAAAGGCCCGUCCACGACCACCUCGGUAGUUAAGUAUGAGCUGGGGGAGGAUGAGCUGGCGCUGCCCAAACUUGACCAGGAAGAGUACUGGGCCAACUACGGGAAUGAAGACUCAGGUGUCACCCUGCGGUGCUUCGAGCUCGAAUGUCCACCUGAGUUUGAUCUGCCUCCAUCCUCCUCCUCCUCUCUUUUAUACUCCACCUCAGCCUCCCUCUUCUCAUUACUAGCCCUCUCACUAUCCAGCCUUGAUCUGAUAUUUAGCUAAAACAAACUCUUAGAGCCACACUCAGUCCCUUCCGGCCUGUUUUAAAGGCUGCGAGGACCCCUGUCAGACUGUCGAUACCCCCUUUGCCAGCUUUGCUGUAAGCCAAUCCUCAUGGCACAGCGAGGGAGAUAGGGGGACGGUUAGAUUCUGAAUCUGCCACCUACAGGGCUUUAACACUUUUCAGGGUUGCUAAGAGCUAAUUAGCUAAAGUCAUAAAUCUAUAUCUACAAUACACUACAGGUUUGGCGUUCUGUGUCUCACCUGUAUGAUGUCAAGAUUCCCUGCAAUCAGGGCAACGAGGGCUGACUCCAUCUCUAGUAUCAACGCGAUUUUGAUAGUCGUUGUGAGCGAUGUGGUCAACUUGUGUCACCUCAACUUAGUUCAAAUGACUAGUGUUACGAGUGCAUCCAGUUUACUGGCUGCUAGAAAUAAAAUUACUGUUAUUUUCAGUGCACAGUAAUGACGAAACUGUAACCACUUAAAGUGUAUGUGUACAUAGAUGUGCAUUCUGUCAGUGUUUGAACAAAGUUUCAUUUUCAUCUUUUCCCAGGAAAACUGUGACAGCGAGUGUUUCUACUGAACAGAGCGCAGGUGAGAAGAAAAGAGAGCGAGAGAGGCAGAGAGAGAGGGAGAGAGACAAAGAGCAAGCAAGGCUGGAGGUGAAAAUAAACUGAAACCAGGAGAAAAGAGAAAAAAAUGGGGUGUUAAGAGAGGUGUCAGUAACAGAGGAAGAUGCAGAGAGAGAAGAGGGGGAGGAGAGAUCAGAAGAUAAGAAUUUAGAGUGAAUGUAACAGCAGAGGAUGAGGGACAAUAUUUAUGCAGCAAUAAGAAAAUUUGCAGCAGGAUGAAGGGCCAGUGCUGGUGGUAGAAGCAGCGAGCUGGAGGAGAGAAGUAAUAAAUCCAUCCAUGGUC